AUGCUCAGAACGUCCACCUCGCCGCCGUCGUUGCAAAAGGCUUUACGUAGUGGUAGUGACUUCGAAUUCGAUUCGGGCGACAAAAGCGGAUACUCAACAUACGUAUUACAGGCAUGCCUUUGCGAGAUAAUAAUAUUAUUAUACUUCUCGACCUUGUUUUCUCGUCAUCCCGCCAAUACCACCCGCACCACCCACCAACCACUCGACAACCCGCCCAAAGGAAAAGAUCUCGAAAUCCGAAUUUACACCUGUAUACCGCAAACACGGUAUCCCGUUAUCGGUAUUCAGAUACUUCAGGUCCGACCUCUGGCACCGCCGCCUGGGGAUUGGAAAUGUACAUUUUCUCGGCAUUCUUAG